AUGAACUCCAAUACUUCCAACCAAGUGGUAGCUAAUAGUCUCGAAUAUUAUGUUGAUAUGAUCAAUCGUUACCUUACAAAUCCUACUACGAGUCAACUUGAAUUACACAAUCACCACCCUGUGGAGACAAGUGACAUGCGUUUACAAUACGCAAUACAUUAUCUUCAACAAGCGUUACAGAAAUAUCCGGAAGCUUAUGAGUUAAAGAUUUUAGAUCAUCGAAUUGCAUUAAAACAAGGUGAUACCACUAAAGCUAAACUAAUUUUCGAUUCUAUUCGUGAAAAAUUCCCCGAUCAUAUACCUUUUAAAAAGUAUCUUGCUGAGAUUACACAAUCUGUCUUAGCGAAAUCACGAGACGACAACUUUUCUUUUUUCCUGAAGAUUCCAACGAAAACACAACGCGAAGUUUUCAUAAGAACAGCAAUUUAUUAUGAAUCGACUGGUGCAUUUUUGGAAUCUUGUCAAAUGUUUGCUCUUGUUUUAAAAACAUAUCCAGAGACCACCACUUAUUAUGGGGCGCAUGCAGCUCAAAUUGCGAUACGAUCUGAGAAUCAUCAUCAACCUACGUCAGUUCUUAAUCCAUAUCGGCAAUGCUUAGUUAAUGGAAUACUACCAGGAAUUCUUAGAAAUAAAAUGGCUGUAUAUCCUGAUAAAAUACCGGCUGACAUCGUUGUUUAUCAACCGGAGCUUCCGGUAUCCUCAGCACCUUUUAUCUCCAAUUCAAAUGACACAGCCGCACAAUCAUCAUUCCAUGUAACUUUUGAUCAAUUGAAACUAUGGCUUCAAUGUGGUCAAAGUUUCUAUAUUGCAAAUAAAGACUGGAGGAAAUUAUUUGAGGUCUCAUUAAGUGUGAUGGAUAUUUGUAAUUAUGUAAAAUUAAAAAGUUCGCCAAGAACCACUUUAGUGGAUCUAUUUUUAGAUUGUCGAAAGCUCCCUGAUAAACUCUUUAAACUACUUUGUCAAGAAAAAAUCAUUAAUGAUCUUUAUGCAUCCAGUUUCGCUCGAACGAUAGCAAUGGCCUGUUUUGUUCAUUGCUGCUAUGAGUUUUACGAAUACGUCGCCGGUUUAAAGGAUAAAUCAUCUGGGGGUUACGUGUCUUUCAUUGAUAGUUAUGGUCAGAAAACUUGCUUAAUACCAUGUUGUCCUAAUCCUCAUUUUGAAUCAACAGAAGCAAUAAGAAUAAGAGUAGAAAAAUUAAAAUCUUCACUUAUCCCAAAAGAGAAUGAAAUGUCAUCAGAUGAAUCAACCAAUAAGAGAGUGGUGAAAAGAAGGAAAUUGACGAAUUCAUCGAGUAGUACUUCAAUUUCAUCUGGAAUGGAGGCAACUAUAAGUGAAUAUUCGGAAGAUUUAGCAAAUGCUCAUCCGAAAAGUGAGCAUUCGAAUUUCAUUGAAGAUGAUCAGUUUGAUGAAUCCGUGGCUAAUGAAGCUAUUAUAUUAUUUGAACGUGCUGAUGAAUGCUGGAAUUUAAUAAGAGAAAUGUAUCCAGAAAAUACAAAUCUAGAACAAGACUUGGAACUUCAAUUAAAGUCAUGGAAUCUUCCAUUGGAUGUUACUAAUGCAGUAAUGCUGACACGAUCAGAACUCAAUCUGAAAAAUGGUGGAUAUUUAGGCAUAUCACUUAAUUACUUUCAAGAUAUAUGUGGUCGAUUCUCUGAUGAUACUCGUUAUAUUAAUUCAAUACGACAACAAGGGAAAAAACCAAAUAACGGUGAAGAAGAUAACAUGAAAAUUAACGAUACCGAAUUUGCAAUACAAAAUCAAACACCCUUAAUGUUACCUUUACGAGUCUUAUAUUCAAUAGCCAUUAUUUAUAUAACUGUCAAAAUGUGGGGGGAAGCUCGAGCCGAGUUAUUAAUAAUAUUGGCGGUCAUGCCAUAUACCACAGUUUUAAAUGAACAUUUUGAAAAAGAUGAAUGGCUAUUAACGAAGAUAAAAAAUAAUUUCGAUAACGAACAAUUAAAAAAUAGGUAUAAAUUGAUAGAAGUUACACAGGAAGGAUUGGUUGUAAGGGCUAUAAAAGACUUAAUCUGGUCAUAUGAGAUGGAACUUGAUGCAAAUUCAUCCAACAGCAAUGAUAAAGAAGAUAUCAAGUUAUGUCAAUUAAUAAUACUAUCUCAAUAUGGAUGGCCAUAUUGGAGAGAUCGAUUAUUCUACCCUAUAAUUCUGCCUAGAAUUAAGAAACGUGGAGCUUUGAUUUAUCCUCGAUUUCUGCAAUUCGUUUCAAAUGUUGAAAUUGCUGAAGAAAUAAUUAAAUUAUAUCAAAAUUCACCCAAUCUGAAAUUACAUUUAUUACCAAAUAAUAAUUCUACAUCGGAUUCUAUCAAAGCACUUGAAACUUUUAUACGGAGGGAGACAGUUUCAUCACCAUCUAUUGAUUCUUUAAUAGAAUUUUCAUCUUACUUCGGAUUAUCUCCGAUUCAGCUCCAACCUUUAUUGGAGUGGUUGAACCUGAUCGACAUGGCGUCAAAAUCUUUUAUAACCCGGGCUACUCCAAACAAUUGUGCGUCUGUGAUCGCUUUUAAAUUAUUUUAG